GUCUCUUUCCAUUGUCUGGGCUGCUCUUCCGCCGGGCGCUGCGCGGCUUGGCAGGUUUCGGCGAGUCUUCGUCUUUCUCCGGGCCGUAUCGCGUUGCAGAGCGCGGGGCCGAGUUUGCCCGUGGGGGCCUGCCUUCCCCCGCCCUUCGCGCCUUUGACCUCGCGGGAUGGGGCUGCCGCUAGUGCUGCCCGCUUUGGCCACGCUUCUUUGUGCUGUCGCCGCUGCUGCCAGCGAAGCUCGCGGGGCGCGGAGUUGCGCGGAGACCCGGCAAGUGCUGGCGGGCCGCGGCUUCUCACUCGGAUCAGUCCCGCCCAGCCUCAUCUCGGGCAGCACUUCGGAGACACCGUCCCGAUGCUCGACCUCGGGUGGUUCUCCUUGUGGUUCUAUGGGUGUCUCCACACUUAUCUGCACGUUCCUUGAUUUGGCGGGGGCAGGAAGAAAUGAGCACACACACAACCCGCCAUCCCUACCAGUGUUUGUGGGAGAGCACCUGCGCAUCUGCCCCCAGGACUACACGUGCUGCGCCAGCCAGACGGAGGAGCGCCUCAGCCAGCAGAGCCAGGGAGACCUCCAGGGCCUGGUGGGGGACGCCGCUGCCUUCCUGCUCAGCACCCUCAGCUCCCGCCAGCGUCGCUUUCAUGAUUUCUUCCGGGAGCUGCUGGCCGGAGCUGAGCGCUCGCUCCAGAUCAUGUUCACUCGUAGCUACGGCCGCCUGUAUGCCCAGCACGCUCGCCUCUUCCAGGGACUCUUCGUGGAGCUGCGACGCCACCUUCAGGGGGCCCGGCCCGGCCUGGAUGAGGCCCUGAGUGACUUCUGGGCCCGGCUGCUGGAGAGGAUGGUCCCCCUGCUCAACCCCCAGUACAGCUUCCCAGAGGGGUACCUGGACUGCGUGGGGCGCCAGGCAGACACGCUCCGAGCCUUUGGGGACAGUCCCCGCCAGCUCCAAGUGCAGGUGACGCGUGCCUUCCUUGCUGCCCGCGCCUUGGUGCGGGGCCUGGCAACUGGCCGGGACGUUGUGGCACAGGCAGUCCAGCUGUCCCCCAGCGGGGAGUGCCGCCGGGCACACAUGCGCCUUGCCUACUGCCCGCUCUGCCGUGGGACUCCUGCCCUCAAGCCUUGCAACAGCUUCUGCCUCAAUGUGAUGAAAGGCUGCUUGGCCAGCACAACGGAGAUGGACCCCGAAUGGGAGCGCUUCCUUGAUGCAUUGACCCAGUUGGCUGAGCGCCUCGGGGGACCGUUUAACUUUGAAUUGGCGGCUGAUUCCAUUGGCGUGAAGAUCUCCGAGGCCAUCAUGCACCUGCAGGAACAUGCUGUGCAGACAUCAGCCAAGGUAUUCCAGAGCUGUGGCAGCCCCCGCCCAGCCCCCGCCCGCUCCCGACGUGCCCCCCGCGAAGAGGCCAAGCGACAUUUCCGCCCCUACUUGCCAGAAGAAAAGCCCACCACUGCAGCAGGAACUAACCUGGACCGGCUGGUCCUGGACGUGAAGGGGAAGUUGCGCCUGAUGCGCCGUUUCUGGGUGAUGCUGCCCCAUGCCCUCUGCAGCGAUGAGAAGGUGGCAGCUGACGUCACCAGUGAGGAGUCGUGCUGGAAUGGGCAGGCGCGGGGCAGGUACCUCCCAGAGGUGACAGGUGAUGGGCUGGUGAAUCAGAUCAACAACCCCGAGGUGGAGGUGGACAUUUCCCGGCCGGACCUGCCCACCCGCCAGCACAUCCAGGCCUUGCGCAGCGCCACCUCCCGCCUAGUGGGGGCCUCCAAUGGGCAGGAUCUCGACUUCCAGGACACAGAUGAGGAUGGCAGCAGCGGUUCGGGUGCUGGAUACAACGAAGACCGACCAGGAGGAGGGACUGUCCUGGUGGGCUCCCACCCUCCCCCUGAUGUCCGGGGAGGCCCUCGCAGGGAGCGGCCUGGGAAGGGCUCCUCUUUCCGUCAGAACCAGAGUGGGGGGCAGCUGAGCAGUGGGGCCAGGCCCUCCCCAGAUCCCACAGCUGUUUGUGUGCCCACCACUGUCCUGGCUGUGCUGCUGCUGUCUCUCCUGGGCGGAUGGUGACCCACACAUAGUUGGCAGUAAUUCAGGCAAUUGACUUCCAGUGAUAUUCAUCUUCUCCCCCCCAGGAAGGGGGCAACCCCGCAUCUGUCGGGCCUAGUGUCCUCCCCCCUCCCCCCCCCACUGGGGGACUGGUUUUAUGGGAAGUCAAAGGAGAGCCUGGCUGGGGAAUAGGUUAUUCUCCCCUCUGGGAGACUGAAGGGGCAGAGAGGAGGGGAGGAACGUAUUAUAGGCUUUUCUCUUUUUUCCGUUUCCUUUUUGCCCCUGGGGAGGUGAAACAAUUUCCAGGUUUGGGAGAUCGAGAGGGAAAGGUCUUUUCUCUCUCUUCCUUUUUGUUGUAUCCCUUGAAUUUGGCUCAUCUUUUGCCAAGGAGGGGUUUUCUAUGUCAAGGGGGUUGGCAGGGCUGCUUCAGGCUGUACCAUUUUGUACAGUCUUCAUGAAGUGCUGGGAAAGGACAUAGCUAGCACACACACACACACACGAGUGGCUGCCGCCUCUGAGGCACAGAAGCGCAUGGAAACCACCACCACCCCUCCACAUGUGGACCAGGGUCAGUUUCAGCUCUUACACCCACCUCCCUCUGCUGCUAUUUUGGGGGGAGGAGAUGCUCAUUCUCUUGCAGAUGUGGGCAGGGCCAACAGAUGGGAAUCACACACACCCCUUCCUAGUACAAAGAACUGCUUGCUGAGCGACUGUGGUGUUUUGUAUACUGGAUCUCCCCCCCCCCCCACUUGACCCCCAUGCUUAAAUUAUGGAAUAAAAUAUUUAAUUUAUUGA